ACAAAAUAACCAGAACUAGAGAAGACACAUGUGAGGACAAGAACAUUUACUGGAAGUAAAAAAAAACUACACUUCUGAUGUAAACAACAACCAACAACAAAAAAAAGUGUCAAUCAUACUUACAGGUGCUGGAAGCAGUCGUGAUUGUCUGAACACUUUUUUUGCAAGGACGCCUCUGCCAGGAGUUUGCAGACUGCCUGCGACGAACGCGCAUCCCCCGAUGGCCAACAGGCCGCGCGCCCUGCUCGCACCACGACUACCACCAUCAUCGCCGCCGCCGCGCGCAGACCCCGGGGCUGAGGACAGUGGUUGGAGAGCUGGGGACAACUGCAAGGCCUGUUAAAGUAAACGGGGUUUUGUUUUUACAACUAACAUGCAAAUAUUUUUCUUGCGGGAUUAACCCCUCUCCAACAAUCGGCCUGGGCUUUAGUCCGCCGGUUUAAAACAUUAAUUUUAGCUGAUGCUGACCAAUUGCACUGGGUUGUGACAUACGUCCCAUUUUACUGCCCUGACGAACCGCAAAUGAACAGACGAAGGAACACGUGGAAACAUCUUUAGGACAUUCUAUUUGCAGCCUAACUUUCACUUAAAAACUGUGGAAAAGAGUGAAACAAACCGGCCCGCGUAUGGACUGAAUUAAGGUCAGAUAACCAACCAAUCAAAUUCUACAUAAUGACUAUUCAUGCCAACUUAGAAUAAUAUUAUUAAAAACGAAGGGAAAGCACUCUGGACGUCUUCAAGUGCAGUAUGUUGGGUCUCCUGUGAGAGAGAGAUUAUUUUUUAUGCGUCUACAAGUACAAAGCUCUAGUAGAGACUGUAACCUUCAAGCGAAGGAGCGGCACAGAACACUUUUUUUCCAUUAGGACCUGGAUGUGAUUUUAGACUAUCUCAAGGCGGGGGAGAUAUGUCGAUGCUUCCAACUUUUGGGUUUACUCAAGAGCAAGUGGCGUGUGUGUGCGAAGUCCUCCAGCAAGGAGGUAACAUCGAGCGGCUCGGCCGCUUCCUGUGGUCACUACCUGCCUGUGAACAUCUGCAUAAAAACGAGAGCGUCCUCAAAGCCAAGGCCGUCGUGUCUUUCCACCGAGGCAACUUCCGCGAACUUUACAAGAUUCUGGAGAGCCACCAGUUCUCUCCGCACAACCACCCGAAGCUGCAGCAGUUGUGGCUAAAGGCUCACUACAUCGAAGCUGAAAAGCUGCGGGGGCGGCCGCUAGGGGCCGUGGGCAAGUACCGAGUCCGGCGCAAGUUCCCGCUGCCGCGCUCUAUUUGGGACGGCGAGGAAACCAGCUACUGCUUCAAGGAGAAGUCGCGCAGCGUCCUGCGGGAAUGGUAUGCUCACAACCCAUACCCUUCGCCCCGGGAGAAGAGGGAGUUGGCCGAAGCCACCGGCCUCACCACCACCCAGGUCAGCAACUGGUUCAAGAACAGGCGUCAGAGGGACCGAGCCGCCGAAGCCAAAGAAAGGUACGAAGAAAACAGCGAGAACUCGAAUUCCAACGUUACGGCCGGCGGCCACAACCAAAUGAAUCAUUCGAUGAAUGGGAACAAAAAUAUGUUAGCGAGCUCAGACGAGGAAAAGACUCCGUCUCAAACCCCCGAUCACACUUCGAGCAGCCCAGCGCUACUCUUAGGAUCCCUGGGCCAGAGCUCCAACACCAGCCUGCAGCCUCUACACACUCUGGCCGCGCCUCCGGGUCCUAGCGCCGUUGCGGUACCCAACUCAGAUGUUAUACACCACCAUGCAUUACAGGACUCCAUGCUCAACCCCAUGUCAUCCAAUUUAGUUGACCUUGGCUCGUAAAAAAAAGAACAAUUUCCUUUUACCUGCGAAUAAUUAAAGACACUCUCAAGAUUAUCCUUUUAUAUAUUUUACUUGACAAUUAAGCGAUGUACAUAAAAAAGCGUUAGUGGAUAUUUUGUCAACCAUGGGAAGGAAAGAAGGAUAUAGCUAUUCGAGUUAUAAGGUACUGUAUUAGAUCACGUAAGAGAUUGAUGUAGUAAAGUCUUAAGGUUUUAUAUAACGGAGGAUGUCUUUGUUUAGACAGAAAAGUUAAUAUUUUACUGGUCACAAACACAAUCUCGACGUAUUGCUCAAUUAAAAUUACACUACAGCACAUACAGUCAUAUGCACACAAAUACAUAAAUAUAUGCCGGUUACAAGAGUGAGUAGAUUUGUAAUUGCGUGCAUAAUGAGCAUUUUAAGUUUUGAUAAAAUAUGCUAAAAGAUUAAAAACACGCUAUAGGAAGAUCAUUUACAUGUAGAUGAAAACUGUACAGAAAGCUGGCUUUCCUGUAGUAGAAUGCGUGGAACGUGUAAUCGCAGCUAUAUUGAACUGAAAACAAUCCGUAAACUUAUAAUGUUAUUUCAUCAAGCAUAAAAAAUAUCUCCGUCUACAAGAAGGAAUGCUCUCACGCUGCAUAAAAAGUGUUUUAUUACUCUUUAUAUUACGUGACUACAAUCUUUGGAGGCGAAAUCCUGCUUAUUUUAUAAUAAAAUCAGAACACAGCUAUUAUCUGAUACGUUUGUUUUUUCCCCCUCCCGUCCCUUCAAAUAGUUAGCAACAAUUGAAGUUAAUAUUUUUUAACAUUGACUUCGGCACGGUUUUGUAUUAUACGAUUAUUCAUUAACAGCUAGAAUGUGCUCGUUUUGCAAAGGAUGGCGGAGCUUCCAUCUAUCGCGUUUACCAUAGGUGCAUGUCUAAUGUGACGCCGUUGAGAUAUAUGUGAAAUUUGCCACUGGGUUCAUGUACAGGUUCCAGGUAAUUAUUGUUGGUCUAACCAUGAAGCCAGUGUAAUACAGAUAAAGAAAAGGGGCUGGAAAAACAGUGCACAAUGGGCCUUUAAAAAUCUUGAUGGCUGUUUUUUUUGAAAAAGAUCACUGUCCGAAAUGAGAAAACGAUCCACACAAAUCCGUUUACUAAUUAUGCCAGUGAAACUUAAAACGUUUUGAGGCUCUCUUCCUUUCUCAAUCUCAUGCAGCUAAUUAUUUACGUCAGUACAAAAAUACAGACGUCUAUUUAACCCCAAUGUAGCCUGCUUCAUAGUUUUUGAUUAACUUGACAGUAUAGCCCACACCGUUGCCCCCAACUUUUUACAGUAUAAAACGGAAAGAAAAAUAUACUCGAAGGUUAAGUGUGGAUAUGUUCGG